AUGGUGCGGUCGGACGGUCAGGAGACAAGAGGGGGUUCUCUUGGCAAAAAGCCGAACAACAAAAAGAAUGAUAUGAGCAGCACACCUAAGAUAAAAACACCUCCGGAGGUUCGGAACUUUGGAGAACGGCGCGUAGGGGAUCCUUGUCCCAGUUCCCCCGCGUCGACAUCAUGCGCUGGGAGCGGGGCGGCGGCUAUGGCGAGGCCUUCGCCCAAACCUGCUAUCGUCGAGAAUAGAAGAGUGUCUAUCAAUGUGGAAAGACUGGAUAUGGGCAACUAUAAGGUCGGCCUGCGACCAGAUACGUCGAGGGAAACCGCAUCCGCGCAAGAGGACGGCGGUACUGAGGUAAUUGGAACCACACCUGUGGCUAGACCAAAAAGAACGAGAGGAAAUAAGGGAAGUAAAGAAGACAAGGAUAUAAAUGCGGACAAAUCAGUCUCUUUGGAAAAAACACCGCCUAGUGAACAUGACGUCGAGUUCGUCUCUGUCCUGAACGUGGGAAAUAUCUCCAGGCCGACUACCCCUGCGGACCCGGACCUGGAAAUCACAAGAUACGAGACAAGCAGAAGCAGGAGGUGUAGCUCUGCAUCAUCAUCGGGCACCGGGGUGAAUAAGCAGAAAGCCGGGCAGAAAAGAAGGAGAAUAAUUAGUUCUCCUGAAGACGCGGACGAUGAAGGAACUGAUGGGGGGCCUUCCAUCGGUGUGCUUUCUGAGUUGCAAAAGGGCCUUACGGAGGAGCGGGCGAGGGCGCUGGAACGCCUUUCGUCUUGUGAAAUUGCGGCAUUAGCCACUGAGUGGCUCGAACAGGCGGAGGACGCACGCGCAAAGUCGAAGAACAUUCAAGGAGCGCUAACUAGGAAAAUAAAAGUUAACCUCCAUUCGACGGCUCAAGCAGUAAGAACCCUGGCGAUUAGAGCCUCGGCGAAAGGAGAUCCCGAAUACUGGAAGAGUCGAGUGCAAGGACUUCAUGAAGAGUUGGCCGAGGCUAAACUUCAGAUACAGAGGCUGACGGAUAGACUUGCGGCUGGAGAAAUAGGUAUGACGGAGAGACCUGUCGAAACCCAUAUGGAAUUGGGAACUCCCCCGUUGGAGCCCCCACUCCCUCUACGGGAGGAAAGGAUCCCGGGUCCGAGUAGAGAAAAAUCAUCGAAAAACAGGGAUAGGGGACUGAGUGAGGAACCAAUAGGAAGGAUGGUAAAGGCCUCUCCACCGGGCCCUCGGUAUCAACCUAGACUUGAAAAGGAGUUCCUUUCGGAUUUGGCUGCGACAAUAAAGGGAGCCAUAGCGGAAUCCUUUGCGGCAAUGGUACCUGCGAGAGGUAUACAUCGAGGACCCCCAGUAGGAGUACUUCCGACGACUGCAAAUCCCCGGCCUAGACUUGGAGUGGGGAACGGUAUCGCAACUGGAGCUGCAGCCGUACGAAGGGCUGAAACCGAGGAUGAGGAUCCCAGAGUGCUUUUCUCCCCGCCGAGAAAGAAAAAGCAGCUGAGGACAUGUACUCGUACACGGCCGGCACCCUUGCACCUUCCCCCUACUGACGGGGGCGAGACGACGGAGAGAGGUGUAAAGGGUGAAGACGUGGAGACUCGGGCGCUGCCGGGGUCGCGUAUGAUGUCAUCGCAAGUGGAGAACGACAGGGGGGCUCCUCCCUCAGCUAGAAAAACGAAGGGUACCGCAUUGCCGAACCGAAGGCCUCGUUCAUCGGCUGUUACAUUGAUAUGCCCGGAGGGAAACAUGUCGUACGCGGAGGCCCUCAAAAAGGCUAAGGAGAAGAUUAUCCUGGGGGAUCUGGGUACCGAAGAUACCCGCAUGCGGUGUACUGUCUCGGGGGGUAUCUUGAUAGAACUCCCUGGCCAGGAUACGUCGCUGGCGGCCGAUGCACUUGCAGCCAAAUUAAAGGACUCCUUUAAGGAUUCGGAUGUGCGCGUGGGGAGACCUAUGCUAAAGGACGAGCUAAGGCUGUCCGGGCUGGACGCUUCGAUGUCGGCCGAGGAGGUGCUGGCCGAGGUCACGAGAAUAGGAGGCUGUGCAGUUGACAAUAUCCGGCUUGGCAACGCUAGAAUAGCCAGAAACAGCUUCAGGACGACGUGGCUACAGUGCCCCUUGGAGGCAGCUCUGAAAAUAGCAGACGCGGGUACGUUGAGAGUUGGAUGGUCGACCGCCAGGGCCGAACUACUCAAAAAGAGACCCUUGCAAUGUUACAAGUGUCUUGGGAUUGGACAUGUUCGUUGGAAAUGCCUCAGCGAACACGACAGAUCAGUCCAUUGCUUUAAUUGUGGCGGAGAGGACCAUAUUGCAAGGGAGUGUAGAAGACCGGCUAGUUGUCCGGUUUGCAGAGAGCGAGGCCUCCCUCAUAAUCACAGAGCGGGAUCUGAGGUGUGCCCUUCUUACUCACCCAGAAGGACCCCCCCGAGGUCACAGAGGGCAGAUGAUGCGGCCGAUCGGAGCGUUGUGGCUGGGCCAUCCAAAAACGGAUAA